CGUCCCCUCUGUGAGGGACUGAAGACGAGGGCGUUUGGACACCACUCUGCGCCUCGGCGCUGCUCGGCCCGCGGUCACCAUGCCCGUGUUUUACUCACCUGUUCCCGGGAAGCUGCAGGCGGCUCUGGCCUACGCCGGCGGCUCCGUGUUCAGCAACAACAGGACGGCGGACAGCGACUUCACCAGGGAGCAGGAGGACGCCUCCGUGGUGAACGAGCUGGUGUCCCACCUCCCCCUCCAGAUGCUGCUGUACUUCAACAUCGUUUACUUCCCCUGCUGGUGGUUUUCCGCCGUCUUCAUGUUGGAGGUGAAGUUCCACUAUCUCCCCGGAUACUACCAGGCCCUGCUCGUCACCGGCGUGACCCUCCUCACCAUCGUCGAAGCGGCCCGACUCUACCUGGGCUACGUUGGCAACCUUCAAGAAAAGGUGCCAGAGCUGGCGGCCUUCUGCCUCCUGUCCUUCGUGCUGCAGGUGCCGGUGCUGCUGUUCUUCCUGACCGACGAGGGAACCCUCGUCCUGCCCCUGGAGCGGGCCGUCCACUCCCUGUACCUGCUCCUGCUGCUGGCCCAGGUCCUGGCCUCCUUCCUGGCGCUGCGCACCAUGACCCGAAAGCUCACCUUGCUCUUCCACCUGCGGCAGUUCGGCAGUUCGGCAGGGUGGAGAGCUUCGGCCACGCGGGGAUGAGCGCCGUCUGCGGGUCGCCUUGCCGCCGCGGCGUGCUGCCCGCCUCGCCCGCCCGACACAUGGACCGUUAACGGGGGGAAAAACAUGAUGUUCUCAACUAGCAACACUCACCUUCGGGUGAACCUUUGAGGGAUUGUUGCCGCUGCAGGAUGAAUUCAGACAUGAAGUGAGAACUUCCUCCUCUUGAACUCAAUGGGUUCGCAGAAGGAUUUUCUGGUUAAAUACCAAUACAAAAAACUCUGUAAUUAACACAAGCUGUUAGCUGUAACAUAGUUAACGUACCUUUGUUGACUUCUGUUUAUUUGCUUACUAUAAAUGAGCCUACAAAAGAGAAUAAAUAUACAGCUAUUCAAUUAUUUUGUAAAACCUUGCUUGCGGUCCAUUGUAACAGCAAUGCUGUUUCUUCUAUGUGACUUUUGACCCCUGGUGGCAUUUGACGUCUCUGGGAAGAGGCCUGUGCAAUUUGAACGUGAACAUUUGCCGUUGAUUUAUUAGCAAGAGGACAAAUGGCUUUUUAGCCCCACUCUAAAUAUCCA